AUGGCUAGUGAUUUCAAAAAAUUUAAUCUUGGACUUGAAGAGAAAGUUGAGAACCGGCGUGUUAUUCUCAGGGAUACCCACUACUUUGUGAUACCUUCUAAUGUGAUAGGUCGCAAUCGAGACAAAGAAAACAUCAUAGAUCUUUUAGUCAAGCCAAUCGAUACUAAAAAUAUACCCGUCAUCCCUAUAGUUAGAAUCGGAGGUUUAGGGAAGACCACGCUUGCUCAACUUGUGUACAAUGAUGAAAGGAUCACUAGUGUCUUUCCCUUGAAAAUAUGGUUGUGUGUGUCAGAUGAGUUUGAUCUUGCUAGGUUGCUUUGUGAUGUUAUUUACUCCAUUACGGGAAAAAGAUGUGAUGGUUUACCAGUUAAUGCAUUGCAAACUCAUUUGCGAAUGCUUUUAAAUGGUAAAACUUUUUUACUCGUUUUAGAUGAUGUAUGGAACGAAGAUCAUGUAAAAUGGAUGGAACUGAGAGAUUUACUAAUGACAAUGGGUAACUUUCAACAAAGAAAAAUCAUUGUGACUACAUGGAGUUCAAAAGUUGCUUCGAUAGUGGGUACUAUUGCUCCGUACAACUCGAAAGGUCUUAGUCACAAAGAUUGUCUAUCUUUGUUUGUAAAAUGGGCAUUUAGGGAAGGAGAUGAGAAAGUAUAUCCAAACCUUAUGAGAAUUGGUGAUGAAAUUGUGAAAAAAUGCAAAGGGGUUCAGUUGGCGGAUACUAUUUAUGAUACUGAUUAUAUCGUCCAAUUCUGGAUGGCCAUUGGACUUACUGAAAGCCCCAAGCAAAACAAAGAGUGGGAAAAUGUUGGUUAUGAUAUUUCAAAGAAUUAUGAUGACUUUUUAACAAUUUAUCCUCAUACAAUAAAUGCUGCUGAUCAUAUUCGACAUUUGUCAUUUUCGGGUGAUAAUCCAUUGAGAGCUCCACAGUCAUUUUUGAAGAAUUUAAAAGGUGUGCGGACAUUGGUGAUCCUACCUUCUUCAGGAAGAAAUAGGAUAAUUGAGGAACAUUUUGUAAAUGCUUCCAUCUUGAAUUUCAAGUUCCUGCGGCUACUUGAUCUCUCCUAUUCAUUUUUGGAAGUAUUGCCCAAUUUCGUUGGCACCUUGAAGCAUUUAAGAUAUCUUGACUUAUCCAGGUGUUAUAGAAUGAGCAAGCUUCCUCGUUCUAUCUAUAAGCUUCAAAGCUUGUUGACAUUAAGAUUGUUGGAUAUUGAUUGCCAAUUGCAACUGCCUCGCAAUUUGCAAAGUUUGGUCAAUCUCAGAUUCCUAGAUCUAACCGAGAUUCUCAUGGGAAAUUAA